AUGGGAAAGCAAUCAAAAGGAGUCAAAAAUAAUCGCGAUGUCUUGCCUAGUGCAAACAGAAGAUCGACAAGAAGAUCACAAAUCGGGCCGGAAGGAUUUUUCCAAUUGGAUAAUAAAGGGAAAUCGAUGAGGGUCAAUUACCAGAAUGGGUUUCCGGUUAAAAGAAGAUCGAGAUCUGCAUCAACCCGCUCUCGAUCUCGCUCCGAACGCACCCGUUCCCAUUCUCGCACCCGUUCUCAUUCCCGUUCUCAUUCCCGUUCUCAUUCUCGCUCUCGUUCCCGUUCGGAUUCUCGUCGCGAAUCUCGCGUCGAAAACAAGAAAUCGAAACGUGACGCCUCUGCAAAACCCUCAAAGUACGUUUUAUUCUCGAAUAAAAAUUCGAAAACUAAUUUAUUCUUCUUGCAGAACCGCUGCAGCUUCAACUAAAAGUGCAAAAGUUGUUCGCGAGAAAUCAGUUUCGGAGGAGUCAGAAAGAGAAGAAGAUAAGAAACAAGGAGCCGGAAAGAAAUCUUCGACCGCUCGAAAGUCUUCGGUUGCUGUUCGAAAAUCUGCUGUAGCGAAGAAAAACAAAAAAGCCUGAGAUUGAAUAAAUAUGCUGUGACAAUUUUUUGUAUGAAAAAAAUCGAAAAACUUCAAAAAAACGAUUUCCAAAGAAAAACCAAAGAAAACAUAAUUUUCAAUCAUAAGUUGAAAUAAGACAAGAAAAUACAGAGCAUCAUGGUAUGAAACACAAAACAAAUAGUUUUCCAUUUGAAAUCAACAUAAAUUUUCUCAAAUAACCAGGAAAAACUCGAAAAAACAGAUAAAAACCGUUUUUUCGAGAAAAAAACAUUGAAAUAAAAGUGAAAAUGGAAGUGCGCUCCAUUGCAAAUUUCGCACAUUUCGCACGUUGUCUCGCACUCUCUCAAUAUUUUGCUUUUUGCAAAAAAGGGUGUGUGUUGUUCUUUGAAAUUUCUAGAAGACGUACCAAUUAUGUAUUUGUCAACAAGGAAAAAUAUCCUGGAGAUUCAUUAGCACGAUUACCGUAGUGGAAAAAUGUAGAAAAGUUAGCAGAAACCAGAAAAGUUCCACGUAAAGUUAAUUAUUGCGUGAACUUAUCUCAUUUCUGUUCAUUUCUCUAAAUAGAAAAAAUUUAAAGAAUUUAUCAGUCGUUUUGAUUCUGUUUUGACCUCCAAUUCCCAUAUUUUCUUGAAACUUUACGGUAGGUCAAAAUUAUCAUGUGUCUCUCGUGUCUAAAUCUCUCGUGUGAGAGAUUUCUCGUUAUAUUUUGUUGUUCAUAGUCAGGGCUGGUCGGAAUUUACGUGUCGGCAUUUCGCAAUGCCGACUUCUUGUGCCGAAAUUUUUUUCGGCAUUCCGGGGACUAUGACAUAGUCCCUCUCCGUGUAUCUGCAAUUUUUCUCAUACAAUGUUCAAAAAUUGAUUCACGAUUCCGUCGUGACAUCACCCAAUCGGGAUUUUAUUUAAAAUGUAGAAAAUCAUCAAAAUACACAAAAGAUUUUAUCAAAAAAAUUCGAAAAUUUUGCAAAUUCAAACUUGUUUUUAAUUCGUGUCAAGACUACACCUGCGCCUUUGGUGCUGUGGCAUUUUUCACUUUUCAAUCUCUUUUUUUCUCACCUUUUAUUUAUCAUGCUUCAUGCAUGGAUGAUAGUUUUUCACACGAUUGAAAAGAGUGCAAUUGGUAUAUUUGAGGACGCCCAAUAGAAUCUUCUUUUUUUUUGUUUACUUUUGCCGACUUUGCAUUAAGUUUUUUUAGUGUGUGGAAAAAGUAUUAUUUGAGUUUUUGUUGAAAGGAAAAUAGAUAGGUUGAUUAAUUUUCGAAACAACAUGUGUUCUUCUUUUUCAGUUUUCUUCACAGGUGAUUUCUGAUUUUCUCAGGCCGGAAAUCUGUUGCUCUUUCAAAUUAAAUAUGUAUCAUUCAUAUAUUUUACGACUUCGGUGUUGUUUGAUUUGUUCCACAAUUAACUAGAGAUAAUAUUCAAUCGACCUUCACCUCUUCUUUUUUUCAUUUUAGAAAUGAAAAAAUUUCAAGGCCAACUUUGUUUUGAAAUAUUUCGUAUCUAUCACUUCGCCUCAUUAACCUCCAAUUUUUAUUUCUCUUUAUUUUCAGCCACAACAUUCGUCUGCCAAGUUUUAGUGUGACUUUUCAAUCGAGAAAAAAUCGAAAUCGUAAUAUUUAUCAAUCGAGAACAAACGGAAAACUACACAUUUUCUCGGAGACGCAGAGAAGAAAGGGGAGAACGAGGGAAAGUGCGCUCUAAUCGAGGUUUGGUUUCGUCAUUUUUUCAUUUUGUGUUUUGUUUUUUCGAGACCGCAUAAAAACAAUAAAAAUAAACGUUUUUUUUCAGCCGUUUCCUCGUUGGCGCGGAUUCGAAAAGGUUCAAAUAAGUUUUGUGAGUUUUUUUUUGAAGAUUGGGAAAAAAUGACGUUGUUUUGAAACAAAAUCCCUUGAGAAAAGUUUGAAGAGUAGUUUAUGCGCUAUUUUUCGUUGUUUCUGAAGUUGCACCGAGUCCCAGGUGAUUUUCUAUUUUUCUACAAAAGUACACAUUUUCACAUGUCAGGUAUUUUUAGAAUACUCUGAAUUUGAGAGUCUGAAAUAUUCAUUUUUUUCCAAAUUUCUAUAUCCUCUAAAAAACUUUCUUGGCUUUAAUUAUUGGGAAAAAAGAGAUCAAAACGGAAAUUUGUUUCCUUAAAAUUUCCAUGACAACAAAUUCACAUAAACGCGUUAUUUUUCCAGCACAAUAGGGUGCUGCAUUUCAUCGCAAGACACUCCACUUCCAAAAGAAAUCGAAGAGGAACAAAAUUUAUAUUCGAAAUCUACAAAUUCAUCUAG